CUCCAAAAGCUGUCAUGGCUUGCAAAUAGCUGCGAUCGCCCUUACUAUACGGGACAGACGAACCGCAAUGCGCAGGAACAUCUUGACAGCCCUAGCCUGCUCAUGGCUCACAGCCCACGCGGCUUCGGUCGAUCUCAAGUCUUUGCUUUUGGAAAGCGACAUUCAAUGGGCAUCAGAUACGGUCAUUAGCUUCUCAGAUACCCCUGAAUUUGAAGAUGCUACUGUGAGAUGGAAUAGUUACAACGCCCCGACAUACGCGGGCGCUAUUAGCCCGGCAGACGAGGAGGAUGUGGUCAAAGUUGUCAAACUUGCCAAAGAGCACAAUGUUCCAUUUCUUGCGACGGGUGGCCGCCAUGGCUGUACCGAUAUGGUCGGGCUUCAAGAGGGACUUGCCAUUGAUUUGAGCCAGAUUAACUCGUAUGAAGUUGAUAGCGAUGAUGCAACUGUGACAGUUGGGGCUGGAAGUACCUUUGGUCAAUUCCAGAAUGCUAUUCAUGAUGCUGGCUUCAUGAUCCAAAGCGGGUCUGUCACCUGUCCCGGCUUCAUUGGUAUAACCCUCGGUGGCGGAAUCGGGCGUUAUACCGGUAUCUUCGGUUUAGAAAUUGAUGCCUUGAUUUCUGCUCGUAUCGUUACCGCGGAUGGAGAAGUUCUGACUAUUUCGGAAACGGAGAAUGCCGAAUUAUUCUGGGGUGUUCGUGGUGCUGGAUUCAACUUUGGCAUUGUUACCUCAGCUACGUAUAAGCUGCAUAAGCUUGCUGAUAACAAUAACGGGGAAAUAUUGACUGCUGACUUUAUUAUUCCGGCCAAUAAGACUCUGUUUUACUUUGACUGGUUGGAAUCGCUUGGCGAGACGAUGCCCCCUAAUGCCGCUGGAGUUAGUCGAUUCCAAUUUGACAGCAUUGCUAAAGAGGGCCAAAUCGGAGCAAACUGGGUAUUCAUUGGCCCAGAAGACGAGGGUCGCGAAUUCCUAAGCCCCAUCCUAGAUCUCCAACCCUCUGUCGCCAUGCUCUCAUAUGUGCCGUGGAACAAGCUAAUCGAGACGGCUGGUGGCGGACAGGGCGCCAUGCUUUGCGAGGCAAGAGCACCCCGGAGUUUGUUCACAGGUCAGAUGCGCAAAUACACGGCCUUGACUUUACAAGAGACAUUUGACAAGAUAACCACACUUUGGGAGACUCAUCCUGGGCUUGCAUAUACCUCGCUUAACUUCGAGGCAUUUCCUAAUCAUGCCGCGGUUGCCGUUCCGGAUGACGCGACUGCGUAUCCUUGGAGAGAUGCUAUUGGUUGGUUUCAAUUUGAAAUAAUCUCCCUAGAGGGAGUCGGCAGCGACUCUUUCAACGCUGGAGAGCACGCCGGUCAAGUCCUCCGAGACAGCUGGGUGCGAACCUCGGGUUACGAUAAUCAUACUAUCUACGUUAACUAUGCGCGCGGUGACGAGACUCUUGAGCAGAAAUACGGGGCCAGCAAGUUGCCGCGUUUGGCAGCGUUGAAGAAGAAGUAUGAUCCUGAUAAUGUUUUUGGGUGGAAUAAUGCUUUGCCUACUGAGUAUCCGGGGUCAGGGUAAUGUUACGUAUAUAGCUUGUUGUUGUGGGAAUGUGCGUUUUGGUAGUGAGAAGUGAGAGAACAUUUGAUGAAUAAAAGUCUAAUGUCCUUUGAAAUGAGACAAACACGGGAA